AUGCCGCCCAAAGCAAAGAGCAAACCGGAUCGAAGUCCCUCGCGAUCCCCUCACCGUCCCACCAAAAUGUCGGCAGCGAUUCCCUUUCAGAUGCCAUCCAGCACCGCCUUCUACAUCUUCCUGGCCAGUCAUCUCCUCUCCGCCGUGUACUCCCCCAUUCAAGACUGCGAUGAGGUCUUUAACUACUGGGAACCCACGCRUUAUCUCACCCACCAACACGCCUUUCAAACGUGGGAAUAUUCCCCCGACUUUGCCAUUCGAUCAUGGACAUAUGCCGGAAUCCAUGCCGCCCUCACCAAAUCCGCCUCCCUUCUCUCCCCAUUCUCCAAUUCCCCCAAAAAGCUGGAAUUCUACCUCUUGCGCUCCACGCUGGCCGUCGUGUGCGCGGCGUGUGAAGCCCGCCUCUUCUCCAAACUGGCCGCCGUCCUCAACCCUCGCGUCGCCAUCUUCUACCUGAUCAUCACCCUCACCUCCCCCGGAAUGUACCAUGCCAGCGUCGCCUACCUCCCCUCCUCCUUCGCCAUGUACUUCACCCUGUUGGGCAUCUCCGCCUUUGUGGACUGGAGGGGAGGUCUUCGCACCGCCCAGGGAAUCUUCUGUUUCGGCACGGGAGCCGUCAUCGGUUGGCCCUUUGCCGCCGCCCUCUCCCUCCCCUUUCUCUUCGAAGAGGCCCUCCUCGCCUACCUCUCCGAUCUACAAGGAAUCAUCGACCUAGCUUGGCGAGUCGCAGAUGGUCUCCUCCGACUGCUCCUCGUCCUCCUCGCUCAAAUCUCCAUCGACUCCUUCUUCUACAAGAAAUUCGUCGUCGUCCCCUGGAACAUCAUCCACUACAACAUCUUCUCCCCCAACGGUCCAGACCUCUACGGCACCGAACCCGCCUCCUUUUACCUCCUCAACCUCGCCCUCAACUUCCACCUCUGGCUCCCCCUCGCCCUCCUCUCCCUCCCGCUCCUCCUCCUCACCCACAAAUUCCGUCGAAACACCUCCCCUCUCCGAACAAACUACCUCCGCGGAAUCAUCUUCACCCUCCCCGCUUACCUCUGGCUCACAAUCUUCACCCUCCAACCCCACAAGGAAGAACGUUUCCUCUACCCAGCCUACCCCUCUCUCAUCCUCAACGCCUCCAUCUCCCUCCACCUCAUCCUCUCCUACCUCGGAUCCCUCUCCAAAAUCCCCAUCCCCAUCCGCCUCACCAUAAUCCUAACCUUCCUCCUCACCACCCUCCUCCUCACCAUUUCCCGCGUCCUCGGAACCUGGACCGCCUACUCCGCCCCUUUAACAAUCUACAACCCCCUCCACAACACCACCCUCCUACCCAAGGGAUCAGACACAACCCUCUGCCUAGGAAAAGAAUGGUACCGUUUCCCCUCCCACUUCCUCCUCCCCACGGGCACAACGGCGAAAUUCCUCCCCUCGGAAUUCCACGGUCUCCUCCCCGGCGAAUUCUCCCGCGCACCCUCCAACUCCGGUUUCGGCCAAUUCCCAGGAACAUGGCUYAUUCCCUCGGGUAUGAACGGCAACAACGAAGAAGACGUGGGCAAAUACACUGAUUUACGAGAAUGUGAUUUCCUCGUCGACUCCCAAUUAAUAAGUAUGAAACCCACCGAUCGAGAGCCCGAUUAUAUUUCCAGUGCAGAGUGGGAGGAAAUCUUGUGUGAGAAAUUCCUUGAUGCGGGUUCUACGUCGUUGAUUGGAAGGUUGGGAUGGUUGCCGGAGGAGGUUUUGAAGGUUAUUCCUGGGGGGAGAGGGGAGAGGGUUUGGGGGAGGUAUUGUUUGUUACGACGACGACAACGAGGGGGAAUAAGGGAUGGGGAAGGAGGGGUUGAGGGGUUGGGAUUGAGGCCUGGGAUCGAGACUUUGUUGUGA